AUGAAGCUGCAAAUGGAACGGUUCGAGCAAGAGUUGGGAUUCAACCUGUUCAACGCCACUGGGAUCCGGGUGCGAAAGUUCAACCGAACAUCGUGGGUUAUGGACGGUGAAGGGGACUUGUUCGUGGACAUUGGGAAUGAGUACUCAUUCACCGUAACGGCGGCCUUCAGCCGGCUCGGCAACAAUCAAUUCAACCAGUAUCCGAUGAAGAUUGCCAAGCAGAAGGUAUGCAAUGUGCUCAACAAGGAGUACAAGGAGUAUCAGAAGUACUUCGUGAAUUGGACGAAUUUGCCAUCGGUUGGCGAUGAAUGGCUUUGUCCGUUUCCGAAGGGCCACUACUGGGUCAAGGAUUUUGCUCCGGAAGGGGACUGGAUACCACCAGUGCUUUAUCCCGGUUACUGGCGAUUGUCGUUCGAUUUGUUGGAUUCUGAGGGUAAAGUAGCGGCGAGGUUCGUAGACUACAUGCGCAUCAUGAACAGCUUAGUCUUGGAGUAG